AUGGCCCCUCAGAAUCGUGUCGGCAAGCGCCGAACCAGUCUCUUCGACGCAAUCAAUCGCAUCGAAGACGACAGCGACGAGCAAAUCUUUGCAUUAAUGCGACAAAUCGGUGAGAGCGAGGUCGCAUCCGAGGGCUUCCGAUAUCAUUCGUCGGCAACACAGGCCGUACAAGACCGCGUGCUCAAGGCCUAUGAGAUGUUUUUGCGCAAACUCAGGAUUCUCCCUUCCCAAGAGGAGACGGACCAGAUGCCAGAAGAUGAAAAGGAUGGCAUCAUGUUUCCUAUCGACGAGAACAAACUUUUGAAACAGCUUCGGUUCUUUGUUAUCUUUGUGGCUCAGGAGACAUCUGGCAGAUCGGCUGACUCACUGUCAUACUUUGCUUUAGCAAAGUAUCGAGCAGCAUUGCUCUUCUGGAACAAGCAGCAAGUAGGUACGCCAAACCGAAGCUUGAUCUACAAUAAGAUCACUGAAUCGUUGCGAUACAUCGCAAAAGAGCAUGGCAUCAUCAAAGGCAGCCUAAACCCGAAUCGAACGGAGAUUGGCCUGCCAGAGUUGCGUCAGUUAAUCGACCACGAUCUCAGCACGACCUCAUACAUCGCAGUAGCAGAGGGCCACCAAUUGGCAUGGUGCCUGAUGAGACUCUGUUGCUUGCGGCCAGGAAGUAUCGGAUGGACCAGCCAAGACCAUAAACGCGACAAGAAGUACCUGGUCUGGCGAGAUAUUGAGAUCUUUCGAGGUGAUGUGGCAGGAAGCUUUAAUGUCACAAUUACCUUUCGAUCAUUGAAGACGAACUUUGAAGAUUUGGAGAAGGCCAAUCAGAAAGCUCCCAGCCUGGACACUGUUCGAGUCACCCUCCCCUCCCCUCGGUCUCAUGACCACCUCAUCUUUUCCAUCCCACACAGGCUACUUGUUAUCGCGCUGCGUCGAGGCAUAUUGGCAGGUUUUGAUGAUUUGGAUAGCCUCCUGGCCGGCACAACCCGCCAGAUUCACUUCAAGAAACAAACCUUGGAUCAGCCUGUGAUCCGUGCUGGAAAGGCUCGAGGCCUAGGCAUAAGCGAGGAUCCCGCCUCUGCCCAAUCCCUCUCAGAGUACCUCAGAACGCGAGGUGCGGCGAUUGGAUAUGGUGAGCAAAUAACUUCCUAUUCCAUUCGUCGCCGGUCAGCCACAGAUCUGGCCCGACAGAUUGGCAGAGACGACGCCAGGAUGUUGAUGAACCACGAUCCCGACUCAAGAGUGCUGGAAAAGUACUACUUGAAUCUCUCGGGCUUUACGGAUAGGACUUCCCUUGGCCUAGGACUCACCGGCACCGAGCAUGACCAGAGUGAGACACUCACUGCAGAAAACCAUCCUCUGGCGAUAGGUGCCAUCGGUUAUAACAAUCCAGAGGCCAUGAUCAAACUUCAUGGAGCAGCGCUCAAUGCUGCAAUGGCAAAUGCAAUGGCCCAGCAUGGACCGAUCACGGGUACUUCCCACGAGAAGAAACUCACACUAAGAAGACUUCGUUAUGCUGUCAAAAAGUCUCUUCUGAGUGACGAAAGCCAGAAGCUGCGAGAGACAAUGAGUACCAUUGAGCAUAGUAAACGUGUUCAGAUGCUGAACAACUCAAAGAUGACUGAUCUCAUUAUUGAGACAUCAAGACUAGCAAUGGAGGAUAAGGCAGCUCUGGAUGACGACUCGAAUGACCCCUUGGUAGACGAGGCCACCGGGUUCUUCAAGGAAGCCAGCGAUCAUGAAGACUCCCCAGAGGAGGACCUCGAAAGUUUGCUUGUGCCUGGGGAUGAUGCCGUCGAAAGGACUGUCGAGGACGAGGAAGACGGGGAGGCAAUGAAUGACUCUCCCGAGAUUCUCUACGAGAUUCUUCUCGAUGGUACCAUGUCACAGCAUCAGGACUGGAAGAACAAUCCUUUGCAGUAUCCAAAAUGCAUCGACGACGAUGCGGUCUCUCAGAAGCAACAGGUAUAA